AUGCUGGUCAGUUGUGUGCCGCUGGGUUUUGUGGCGAACGCCAUGCAGCUGCAGCCGGCAUAUAUCUUUUUCUGCAACUUCUUGGCUAUCAUUCCAUUGGCCUGGAUUAUUGGAAAAUCGACGGAGGACCUGUCAACAGCAGUGGGACAGACGAUGGGUGGCUUGCUGAACGCCUCCUUUGGGAACUUGGUUGAGAUGUUGCUCUGCGUGAGCGGCAUCCGGCGGAACCAGGUUGUGGUGGUGCAAUGCACCUUGCUGGGCUCGAUCUUGUCGAACUUGUUGCUGGUCAUGGGCUGCGCUUUCUUCCUGGGCGGCCUACGGUACCCGGUGCAGAAGUUCUCGCAGCCGGGGGCUGCCACACAGUGUUCCCUGAUGGCUUUGAGUGUCUUCACCAUCGGCCUGCCGACCCUGUACGCCAAAAUCCUCCAAGAGAGUGCCGAGUUCGAGCACAUGCUGGAGGUGUCGCGCUGGGCUUCCCUUUUUCUCUUGAUGACCUAUGCCGCCUACCUCUAUUUUCAGCUGGGCACUCAUCAGGCGCUCUUUGAUUCGGGCGAGGAAGAGGAGGAGGAGCCGGACUUGUCUCCUUGUUUUGCGGCGGUGGUCUUGGCCAUCGCCACAGUGCUCACCUCCUACUCCACGGACUUCCUCAUCGACACCCUGCAGCGGUUCGCGACGGUUUCGAAGUUCCGGCGUGCGGAUUCGAUUGAGGGCACCGUCGAGAAGUUCGACCUCUCACAAGAGUUCAUUGGCAUCAUCCUGCUGCCCAUCAUCGGCAACGCGGCCGAGCACUACACGGCCAUCACAGUGGCCAUGCGGAACAAGAUGGACCUCGCCUUAGGUGUGGCUGCGGGCUCCUCGUGCCAGAUGGCCUUGCUAGUGACCCCCUUCACUGUCCUUGUGGGUUGGGCCUAUGGUCGUGACAUGUCCUUGGACUUCCAUUCUUUUCAGCUCGCCGUGCUGUUCAUCGCUGUCUUCUUGACAGAGGGCAUCCUGAAUGAUGGGAGCUCCAACUGGCUGGAAGGUCUCCUGCUGCUUGUCACCUACGUCAUCCUGGCGAUCCUUUAUUUCUUCGAGGGCCAGUUUCCGCACGAGUUUCCCGAAACAGCGGUGCCUUCCGUACGAAGUCUCCCGAGUUCGCGCCUCAAGGGCGGACGCAGGCGGAAGGCUUUGGGCAUCUCCAUCGAGAAUCCUGCGGGCGAGGACACGACGGCGCCUCCUUUGCAGAAGCUGACGGAGCUGCCGCUCCCCAACUGGCUGGCGGAGGCGAUCCGCUGGGAGCAGCUUGAUGAGGCGGCCACAGCGUCAGCGAUACAGGCCCAGCUCCUGCCGAUCGUUUUGGCAGGUGAGAAUGCCAUCCUGGUCUCCGAAGCGAAGUCGGGCGCGGAGGCCUUUGUGUACCUGAUGCUGGCGUCCCUGCAGGUGUCUGACCAGGACCCCUUGACAGAGGAGGAGCCCGGGCCUAUAGCGUUGGUCUUGGCCGACACCCAGGACACCUCAGCGAGCAUUGCGGACGCAGCGAAGAAGCUGUUUCAGUACUCGGAUGGAGAGACCACAGGUGUCAAGAGGGCGGCAAACCUGUCGGGUGGGGGGGUCUCGUGCAGAGAAGCUACGGGAGAUGACCGGUGA